GUGGUGCGCACUGCAUUCCUCUCCAACUCAACGUCAGUCUGUCAGAGACCGUCUGAGCGCGCACACACACACCGUACCCCUGUCACACACUCUCUGGUACACACGCGCGCACUGACGCACACACAGACUCGCUGUCGGACCCGGGAGGAGAGGAGAGGAAAGGAGAGCUCCAACUUCCCUCUUUGCUUCUACUUGUGUCUUUCUGUCUCUUCUGAUCCACCAAUGCAAGGAUUUUAUUUCUGUUCUCACUCUUAUUCUCCCAGCCGUCCCGAACUAAGGAAACCCGGUUUAAGGACCAGACGGGAGUAUGUAAAAUAACCUGCACGACUGAGCCAAACAAGAAAAAGAAGAAGAAGAAAAAGAAGAAGAAGAAGAAAUGAAUAAACGGAGUUAUUCUCUCGUUUUGCCUGCAGCUUUCCUCUACUUUGGACUUUUGGGAUUUACUGCUGGACAAUUCUUUCCAGGUGGCUGUACGUUUGAGGAGUCAUACAGCAGCUGUGGGUACAGCGUUUCCCUCGGAACCAAUGGAUUCACCUGGGAACAAGUCAACUCCUGGGAGAAACCCACCAUAGACCCUGCCCUGCCUACUGGUUCGUUCAUGAUGGUGAAUGCGUCAGGGCGGGCGUCGGGGCAGAAGGCUCACCUUUACAUGCCUACCCUGAAGGAAAAUGACACCCACUGCAUCGACUUUCUGUACUCUCUCUCCAGUCGGGACGGAGCCAGCCCGGGCACGCUCAACGUCUACAUCAAGGUGAAUGGAGGCACUCAGGGUAACCCAGUGUGGAACACCUCUGCUACUGUUACUGAAGGCUGGGUGAAGACCGAGCUGGCCAUUUCUACAUUCUGGCCUAACUCCUAUCAGGUCAUAUUUGAAGCCGUUUCAGUUCAAGGCCGUCCAGGUUUCAUCGCCAUCGACGACAUACGAGUUCUGGCUCACCCCUGCCGUAAAGCUCCUCACUUCCUGCGUCUGCAGAAUGUGGAGGUGAACGUGGGUCAGAAUGCUACGUUUCAGUGUACUGCUGGAGGGAAGUGGUCUCAGCACGAUAAACUCUGGCUACAGCAGUGGAACGGUAGGGACACGGCACUGAUGGUGACCCGGGUGGUGAACCACCGGCGUUUCACUGCAACCGUCAGUGUUGGCGACACAUCACAGCGCAGCACCAGCCGCUACCGCUGCGUCAUCCGAUCUGACGGCGGAUCAGGGGUGUCCAACUACGCUGAACUCAUCGUUAAAGCUCCUCCCACCCCCAUCGCUCCACCUGAGCUCCUCGCUGUCGGGGCCACUUACCUUUGGAUAAAACCCAACGCCAACAGCAUCAUCGGCGACGGGCCCAUCAUCCUGAAGGAAGUGGAGUACCGAACCACCUCAGGAAACUGGGCGGAGACCCACGUGGUAGACUCCCCUACCUACAAACUGUGGCAUCUGGACCCCGACGUGGAGUACGAGAUCAAAGUCCUGCUGUCCAGACCUGGGGAGGGAGGAACGGGCCCCCCGGGGCCGCCGCUGGUCACAAGGACCAAAUGUGCAGAUCCGGUCCAUGGUCCCCAAACUGUCAACGUGGUGGAUGUCAGAGCGCGGCAGCUGACUAUACAGUGGGAGACGUUUGGGUAUGCAGUGACACGCUGCCACAGCUACAAUCUGACGGUGCAGUACCAGUAUGUGUUCAACCAGCAGGAGUUUUCAGCAGAGGAGUUGAUCCAGACAUCGUCACAUUACACUCUGAGGGGACUCCGGCCUUUUGUGGAGGUCAGACUGAGGCUGGUGCUGGCCAACCCCGAAGGCAGCAAGGAGAGCGAGGAGAUAGUCAAACAGACAGAGGAGGACGUGCCUGCCUCAGUGCCGAUGGAGUCCCUGCAGAACACGCCCUACGAAGAGAAGAUCUUCAUGCAGUGGAAAGCUCCCAAUGAGACCAACGGAGUCAUCACACUGUAUGAGAUUACCUACAAGGCCUUGAGCUCAUUUGACCCCAGCGCUGAUCUGACAACCCAGAGGGGACGGGUGUUCAAGCUGAGGAACGAGACCCAUCAUCUGUUCGUAGGCCUCUACCCAGGAACCACGUACUUCUUCACCCUCAAAGCCUCCACCAACAAGGGCUUCGGGCCACCAGUCACCACCCGCAUCAGCACCAAGAUAGCAGCCCCCCUGAUGCCAGAGUAUGAGUCCGAGGCUCCACUGAACGAGACGGAGACCACCAUCACCAUCCUGCUGAAGCCCGCCCAAUCACGUGGAGCACCCAUCACCUCCUACCAGCUUGUUGUGAAGGAGGAGCGCAAGUCAAAGACCCGCCGCGCUGCCUCCGAAGCCCCAGAGUGUUUCUCCGCCCCUGUCAGCUUCCGCAAUGCCUCCAUCUUGGACUCUCCCUACUACAUCGCUGCCGAACUGCCCCCAUCCAGCCUCACAGUGGUACAGCCCUUCACUGUGGGAGACAACAAGAGCUACGGAGGUUUCUGGAAUCCCCCGCUGUCCCCGGCCAAGAGCUACAGCAUCUACUACCAGGCCAUGAGCAGAGCCAAUGGGGAAACCAAAAUCAACUGUGUCCACCUGGCUAACAAAGUGGUAAUAGGUAGGGGACAAAUAACAACGCCGUACAUUCUAGUCAUCCCAAGCGAAGGUGCAUCUACCCAGGACUCGGAUGCGAUGGAGCCGGAGAAGCAGGUGGACAGCACGGUGAAAAUGGCCGGAGUGAUCGCAGGGAUCCUCAUGUUCAUCAUCAUCCUCCUCGGGGUCGUCCUCGCCUUCAAACGCAGAGAGAUUCACACAUGGAGAACUCUGAGCGUGGGGAAGUUGGCAAAGAAGCAGAAAGAGACGGCCAGCAGCUCCACCCAGCAGAGGGAGAUGGGCCCGGUCACCACGGCUGAUAAGAGCACCACCAAGGUCAGCACGCUGCACAAAGACGACCCCUUCUCCACCUCCAACCAGGACCUCAAUGGCUUCACCUCCCCCUCUCCCUGUUCAUUCUCUGUGCAGGGAGGCAAGACACUGCAGAGCAAAUCCCUGCUGAAUUCCUACUACUCAGUGUCUAAAGAACCAGUUCCAGCCACAACUUCCAUAGACAGUAGCCAGGCUUCGCUCGCCCAGCCCUCUCUGACCCUUCAGAGUUUUCCUUACGGAGGCUGUGAGUCUGUGGAGAUCUCCUACCAGAGCGGUCAGUUCCAGGCGGGUCAGUUUCAGCCAGCUAUUCGAGUUGCAGACCUCCUGCAGCACAUCACCCAGAUGAAGUGUGGACAGGGCUACGGUUUCAAGGAGGAAUAUGAGGCCCUGGCAGAGGGACAGACUGCGCCCUGGGAGACGGCCAAGAAGGACGAGAACCGCAACAAGAAUCGCUAUGGCAACAUCAUCGCUUACCCCACAGACGAUCACACCAGAGUCCGACUGCAGCUGCUGGAAGGAGACCCCCACUCUGACUACAUCAACGCCAAUUACAUUGACGGGUACCACAGACCCAGACAUUACAUCGCCACACAAGGGCCCAUGCAGGAGACAGUGAGGGAUUUCUGGAGGAUGGUCUGGCAGGAGAACUCGGCCUCUAUCGUCAUGGUUACCAACCUGGUUGAGGUGGGCAGGGUGAAGUGUGUGCGUUACUGGCCGGAUGAGACGGAGGUUUAUGGAGACAUCAAGGUGACCCUGAUAGAAACUGAACCGCUGGCUGAGUACGUCAUAAGGACAUUCACCGUCCAAAAGAAGGGUCAUCAUGAGAUCCGUGAACUCCGUCAGUUCCACUUCACCAGCUGGCCCGACCACGGCGUUCCCUGCUACGCCACCGGACUGCUCGGCUUCAUACGGCAGGUCAAGUUCCUCAACCCGCCUGACGCUGGGCCCAUUGUGGCACACUGCAGUGCCGGUGCAGGGAGGACAGGCUGCUUCAUUGCAGUGGACAUCAUGUUGGACAUGGCAGAGAAUGAAGGCGUGGUGGACAUCUUCAACUGCAUCCGAGAGCUGAGAUCACAACGAGUCAACAUGGUGCAGACAGAGGAGCAGUACGUGUUCGUUCAUGAUGCCAUCUUGGAGGCGUGUCUAUGUGGGAAUACAGCCAUACCAGUAUGUGAGUUCAGAGCCAUUUACUACAACAUCAGCAGACUGGACCCACAGACCAACUCCAGCCAGAUGAAAGAUGAGUUCCAGACUCUGAACAUCGUGACCCCCAGAGUGCGUCCAGAGGACUGCAGUGUUGGCUUGCUACCCAGGAACCACGACAAGAACCGCAGUAUGGACGUUCUAUCAGCAGACCGAUGCCUGCCUUUCCUCAUAUCUGUGGACGGAGAGAGCUCCAAUUACAUCAACGCUGCGUUAAUGGACGUAAGUAGCCACAAACAGCCAGCGGCCUUCAUUGUUACCCAGCAUCCUUUGCCAAACACCAUGGGCGACUUCUGGAGGCUGGUGUUCGAUUAUAAUUGCUCAUCCAUCGUAAUGCUCAAUGAGAUGGAUGCAGCGCAGUUAUGUAUGCAGUACUGGCCAGAAAAGAGCUCAUGUUGCUACGGUCCCAUUCAAGUGGAAUUCAUAUCGGCAGACAUUGAUGAAGACAUCAUCAACCGAAUCUUCAGGAUCUGCAACAUGGCCAGGCCUCAGGACGGUUACCGCCUGGUGCAGCACUUUCAGUUCAUUGGCUGGCCGGCCUACAGGGACACGCCUCUCUCCAAACGCUCCAUCCUCCAAUUGGUGAGAAGGCUGGCAAAGUGGCAAGAGCAGUAUGAUGGAGGAGACGGCAGGACGGUGGUGCAUUGCCUUACGGGCGGAGGGCGUUCCGGAACGUUCUGUGCCAUCUGCAGCAUCAACGAGAUGAUCCAGCAGCAGAACAUCGUGGAUGUUUUCCACACCGUCAAAACACUGAGGAACAACAAGACCAACAUGGUGGAGACUAUGGAGCAGUAUAAGUUCUGCUAUGAAGUGGCUCUGGAGGCGCUCAGCUCCUUCUGAUUGGCUGUGGGCUGAAAUCCUCUUUUCUGAUUCACCGUUGACGCUGACCAUCACUCUCAACGUGACACACAGAGUGACUGCUUUGUGUUGACCCAACCCGACCUGUGAGCAUGUGUGCCUGUGUGUGUGUGUGUGUGUGUGUGUGUGUGUUUGAGAGUUUGUGCACGUGAUUCUGUGUGAAUAAGAGAGGGCAUGCUUGCACAUUUGAGUGUGUGCAUCUAUGUGUGUGCCUAUGACAACACACACACACACAACCUGUACAGAAGAGCAAAAAGCGACAGACACACACUGGUGAUUUUCGUGUGUGUGUUCGCUUCAGCGAGACUGAACUUUACAUGCUUGUACAAAGAAAACAGAAAAAAUGAUAUGUUAAAAAAGAAAACAAGAUGUUUAAAAAAAAGCACCACUUUUCCUUCUCUAUCUCUCUGUCCUCUCUGCUGGGCUGUGAUGUGACUAUUGUACAGUAUUUCCUUUUUAGAUAUAUUCUACGCCUUGAGUGUUGUCUCCCUGAAGGCUGGAUGCACGCUGGAAGAUUUUUACUUUUAGCUUCAAGUGAAGAGAUGCAUCAAACCUGCUUUUUGGACUCUGGGCAAAAUAUAGCCCAGAGUAUAAAAUGAAGCUUGUUUUGCUGAGAUGUUGACCAAAGGUUACGAAUCUAUGGUGGCCUUCAGGGCAACGCGCUACAACGGCCCACAAUAAUUACAUUAGAAGAAACGUGCUGCAUUUAAAAAAGCAAAUAUAAAAACACAAAUGUGCUGUAACACAUGAACUUUGCACCAUUCAAUAAAAGCCCUGCAUAAAUAAAAGGCUGUUGCAAGAAGCUCAAAACAAAACGGAAACCUAAAAAGUGAUGUGCACAGCUUGGACUGGAGCUUUAUCGAAUGUGGCAGAGUUAGCAUGUUUCAGAAGUGUUAUCGGUAUAUCUGAAAUGACUAGGUUAGCUACGUUUGUCACGUUGUGGUUUGAUAGAUUGACUCCUGCCUAAACUUGGAAAUGGCUUGAUUCACUCCAAAAAGAUAACUGAAUCUUUCCUCUUUAUUUGAGUGAUUGCAGAUUCCUUUUUGCUUCAUUCAGCCUCUUGUUGGCCUCCUGAUGCAUCACAUAGGUUGAAAACACAAAACAUACUUUCAUUCACUUUAGGCAAAUAAACAUUUCAAUGAAAAACAUGCCAUCCUUUAACAAGCACUUUCAUUUCUGCUCCAUAAUCAAGUUACAAUUAAACUUAACAUUUAAUCAAAAGUAAAUGCAUCUCAACAAAGUCAAUUAUAUUCCAGCAUCUUAUGUUUUAGCUUCUUACCUCAUAAGACUAGAAAUGAUCAUUCAUCUAAUCAAACAUGGUUCAAACAGAUAAAUACAUUCAUACAUACAUACUCCUCUCCUCUCCUCCUCUCCUCUCCUCCUCUCCUCUCCUCUCCUCUCCUCUCCUCUCCUCUCCUCUCCUCUCCUCUCCUCUCCUCCUCUCCUCUCCUCUCCUCUCCUCUCCUCUCCUCUCCUCUCUUCCUUUGAGCCACAUCCUCAGUGGAAUCACAGACCCUAGGCUCCCUGUCUCCACCUGCUGGACUGGAGCCAGAUUUUGAAUUGCACUUCUCUGGCUCUGACAAAACAACGUUUGCUAGCUAGCUUCCAGCAGAUCAGAAAUAAUAUCAAAAGGAAUCAUGCGAUCACAUUGUUAAAAUAAGCAGAUACAACUUACAUUUUAGAUGAGUUUCCAGUGACAGUUUCUCCUCCUGUUAGUGUUUUGGGGCGUUGUAGCGCGUUUGCACCUGUCGGCCAACGUAGAAGCGUGAUAAAGCAAAAAACAAGAGACCACUGUUCUUUGAAAUCACAUGUCCUUGUUGCCAGGACCACUUCACUGCAUCAAUGUUAAGUGCUAAGCAUACUUGUAAGUCAGUAAUUGGUUGGAACAAUUCUCAGUAUUUGCCGACAUUCUUGCUCAAGGAAGUAUGCCUUUUUUAAAUUGUUGCUUUUCAAGGAAAGAGGUGAUUGUAAUUACUAGUAAAAACAGGAAGAAGUAGCAUUGAACAAGAUAUAGUGAGUGAAGUCCGGUGCAUGGUGGAGAGGAGCAUUGGCAUUACACAGACAAAAGGAAAAAAAUUAUUUUGCCUUUAAGAUUAUAUUUUGUUGUUUCUGCUACAGAUUUUUACAUUGGGGCUUUAUGAAAAAGAAAAAAAAAAGGUUUCAUUCAUGUUUUUGGAUGGCUUUAUCUUAUAGUGUGCAUCCCCCUUGCUGUAAAUAAGAUAAGACAACCACAGUCAAACAAACAAACAAACAAACAUCAUGCGCCAGACACAAACAAAGGUUAUCAUUUCCAAACAUUAUCAUUUUCAGCGACUUGGUAUUAUAGUUUGGAACAACGUUACUUAAAAAACAGUCCAAUUAGACACAUAUUGUUUAAAAAAUGAAGAUAUAUAUAUUUUUGCAUAUUGCACAUUAAACCGCCGCCCACAUCUGUGACUUACGAUAAGGAAGCAAUGAUGUUUUGUUUCAUUAAGUAGUCAAACACUCAAAAUGCAUUCAAUCGUUCCAGAUGUAAAACUAAAGAACAUUUAACUUAUUUGACUUUGUUUUGUUUUAUUUGACUUUGAAAUGCCGAAAGGACAUUGAACAAACUGGGAUGAGUUAUUAAAUGAAAUCAGAUUACCCUAACCCUGUCCGUCCCUGCUGAACUGCAGGCAGGCAAAAGCAAUCAAUCAAAGAGUGUGCAGUAGCUUGUAGCUUUAUAACGUUAGAGCUGUGUUUUGUAGCUUUUGAUUAUAUUACCCGGGCCGUGAAAAAUAUGUUUUCUUUUUUCAAUGGGGUUUAUUUUCACAUUUGUGCCCAUUUGUUUUUUAAAUGACCUGAAGCAGCUUAGUUUAACAGCAUUAAUCUGGGUGGAAGCAAAAGGCAAGAAAUCAUAACAUCUUUGCACACAUUUAUCAAAUAUAUAUUGCUAUCAGACAAAACUGAUCUUUGAAAUACCUUCGGGAAAGCAAAUUUGACAUGACUGCAGUAGAAACGUUAACCGUGCUAAUUAAAAUGAUAGACUUGUUAAGUGUCCUUGAAUGAAAUCAGAUCCAUUACCCAUGACUUCUUUGUGAUGUACUACAUUCCGGGUUAUUUUCAGAAAAACAGAAGCUUAGAAAUCAGACCGUCACCUAGCCUGCCAUCUACAGUAUCAAUAGAAUGACAACAAAGACAAUAAGAGCCGGGUCACAUUCACUUUUCCUCUGCAUCCAAAGCCUCACAUUUGCUUUUGGAUAAGCCCAUUGAGGUGUGUUUGAAAAUGUAUUUGCCAAAUUACCUCGUCAGUAUAAUAGGAAAUGAUUUCUGUUGACGAUUGACCCCUAUGUGAAGAAGGUCAACAUGGCUGACAUGCUUUGAAGUGUUGCAGUUAAUGAGAAUCAUACAGGAUGUAACGCUGACCUCAGCUUGCCCUUCGCUCCUCAUCUGAUCACAUGUGUUCCUCUUUUGUCCAUUUAGAAAAUGUAUACAAUGAAUGGAAAAGCUCAUUUUAAAGAUACACUCCCUUUUUUUGUUUUUCGAUCCAUGUGUCCACAUAGCGAGUUUUUCUGAGCGCCGACGUCUAUAUAUCAAUUGCUUUUAAUGAUGAGGAGCCACCUUGAGGAAAAGCUCGGCACCCAAUGUCUUUCCUGAGCCUUUGCCGUUUUAGCUGCGGCCGUUCCAAGUGCUUCUAGUGGAAAAUAUUUCAACCUUUCAGAAAGACGCAGCUGACUCUGCCGGAGGAGAACUUUGUUUUGGCCGUUUAUUCAAUACGAUUACUGUCAUAACAAAGACCGAAAAGCGUUUGGUUAAGCAGAUUGGACAAACGGACCCUGCAUGGUUUUACUAUCGCCAGAUCGGUUCCUCUCCGUACGUCUGUCAGAUUGAGCGGUAAAGCUCAUUCAUACAAAGUGUGAGAGCAAGCAUAUUCCGGUUGGUUGUAAUUAGAGAUGCACGAUAAUUAUCGGUCCGAUAUUAGGAAUUAUGACGUCAUCCCGAUAAACCCGAUACCAGUAUUAAUAGCCCCGAUAAUAUACAAUAUAUUUUUUGGGUAAAAAAAAAGAAAAAAUACUGCGGUGUGGGUGGAUUGGGAUGAG